CCUGAACAUGUUCUUCUAUAUAAUUGGCCCCAUAUCUUAUCUUUUCUUUCUACAACUAAUAAUUAUUUCAACUUCUGUGUCUUUAUAACCAAACCCACAAGGAACCACAAUCUCUCAAGCCAAGCAACCCUUGAGAGAGGCGAUGAGAAAAUGCUGAAUUGGAAAAUGGUUGGUUUGUUUGCUUGUCUUUCGGAAUCUAACUAAAGUUUCCUUCUGCACUCAACAAGAAAGCCUCAACUUUUCUUCUUCUGCGGCUGCAACAUCUGCAUAUUUCCGGUCUUUUGAGUGUUGUAACUAAGAUGAAUUUGGGCGACUGCAAGGUCAAUCCAUUGGGUCGUAAUGGGGGCAUGAACAAGGACAAGCCCUUUAAAAUGUUUGUGGGUUAUGAUCAACGUGAAGACAUUGCAUAUGAGGUUUGUCGACACUCAAUAUUGAAGAGAUCUUCAAUCCCAGUUGAGAUCAUACCACUUAAACAAUCUGAUCUGAGAAAGGAAGGCCUAUAUUGGCGUGAAAGAGGCCAAUUGGAGAGCACAGAGUUUUCUUUUACUCGGUUCUUGACUCCAUAUUUGGCCAACUAUGAAGGUUGGGCAGUGUUUGUGGAUUGUGAUUUUCUUUACCUAGCUGACAUUAAGGAGCUAAGAGAUUUGGUUGAUGAGAAAUAUGCCAUCAUGUGUGUUCAACAUGAUUACACCCCAAAGGAGACAACAAAAAUGGAUGGAGCAUUGCAAACUGUGUACCCUAGGAAGAAUUGGUCUUCCAUGGUGUUGUACAAUUGUGAACAUCCCAAAAACCGGGUCUUGACGCCGGAGGUUGUGAACACACAAACCGGCGCUUUUCUUCAUAGGUUUCAGUGGCUUGAGGACGAAGAAAUUGGGUCCAUCCCAUUUGUUUGGAAUUUUCUUGAGGGACAUAACCAAGUUGUUGAAGGUAAUCCCCGGACUUUCCCUAAGGCAAUACACUAUACUCGGGGAGGACCGUGGUUUGAGGCUUGGAAGAAUUGCGAGUUUGCAGACCUGUGGUUGAAUGAAAUGGAGACGUACCUGCAGGAAACGAAGAAGAAAGUCGAAAAUUAGGAAGAAUUAGCAGGUAGUGUACUACUGCAUUUGAAGUUUGAGAUUCAUUGUUGGAGUUCAUUUUUUCGCUCUUUAUUUUAUGUUGAAUAAAUGUGUGAAGGAGUCCAGAUGUGCUGUCCCUUUUAUUCCAUAUUUAAUUUGCGGACACCCGUUCUAUGCGGCAGCAAAUCAAGUAGAGGGAGGGGGACAAGGGUUAUGUGUGAUACUUUUUAGAGAAGUGUAAUGUCACUACUACAAAAAAGCAA